AUGCCUUCGGAGCAGGGACACAGACUAUACGUCAAGGGACGUCACCUGUCCUACCAGCGUAGCCGCCACGUCACGCACUCCGAGACCAGCCUGAUCAAGAUCGAGGGCGUUGACAACACCGACGCUGCCAACUUCUACCUCGGCAAGAAGGUCGCCUACGUCUACAAGGCCCAGAAGGAGAUCCGCGGCUCUCGGAUCCGUGUCAUCUGGGGCAAGGUUACCCGUCCCCACGGCAACUCUGGUGUCGUCCGCGCCAAGUUCCGCCACCCCCUGCCCGCCAAGUCCUUCGGUGCGUCGGUUCGUGUGAUGCUUUACCCCUCCUCGAUAUAA